CGUCACCCGAAAUGCCCAACUCAUCCCCUCACAUGGAAACACGUCUAGCCAUAUGACCUUGGCAAUAAAAACACCCAGACCAAGACUCAACCCGUUCUCUGCUUACUACCAUGUCCGUCCACGCUCUUGCGCUCUCCGCCUCCCACCAGUUCACCAAGACCCUCGUCCCGGAGGUCAACCUCCUCGCCGGCCUAGGCGUCGAAGGCGACUGCCACCUCGGCGUCACCGUCCAACAUCGCAGCCGCCUACACAUCUCACCCCCUCCCCCCAACCUCCGCCAAGUGCACCUCAUCCCCAAAGAGAUCCUCGACGCCUGCGACGUCGCGCCCGGCCAGAUGGGCGAGAACGUCACCACCAUCGGCAUCGACCUCCUCGCACUAGGAAAAGGAACCAAACUACACUUCCUCCCCCCACCACCCACCCCUACCACCCCUAGCACCACCACAACCACCAUCACAACCAACACCACAACCACCACUCCCGCCAGCACAACCGACGAAGACGACAACGCCACCGCCACAACCCUCCAGACACCACACGCGGUCGUCGUAAUCCAGGGUCUGCGCAACCCAUGCCCGCAGAUCGACCGGUUCCGGGCAGGCUUGAAGGAGCAGUUUAUCGUGCGGGACGGGGAGCGGCGGAUCGUGGGGCGCACGGCGGGGGUGAUGGGCACGGUGGAGGCGGGUGGGUUGGUUGAGGGCGGGGGGGAGGUGUUGGGGUGCGUGUGA